UGGCGGACGAGAAGGAGUUUGUAUUGAUGUGUUAAAUUUUCGAAGAAAAUAUAUACUUUUCAGGGAAGUAGCUAUCAAAUUAUAGUGGGGAAGGAAAGGAGAUGACGCGAACUGCACGUAUGUCAAAGAAGAAGCAUCUUGAAGCUACUUCUUGGGAGGAAAUGAGGUUGAAAGGCGAUCAUAAAGAUGAACAGGAAUCAAAAAACGACUUGGGCAAUGAUGAGAAAAUAUUGGAAUUGCAAUCGCACAAGAAAAAAUCGCGAAAACGAGAGAAAACAGACGUAAAUUUUAAUGAAGAAACUAAAAAGAAAAAAAAGAAAAUAGAAAGCUCUGAAGAAAAAACAGAAUUAGGCAGUAAUGAUACCACAGAAAUUCACCAAGAGAAGAAGAAAAAGAAGAAAAAGCCCAAAGAUGCCAUUCCCUCAGAAAAUGAUCCAAAACCUCAGUCCAAAGACAGUGAUGUCAUUUGUAGUAAAAACAACAGUAAAAACAAAAAAGAUAGAUCAAAUGGCAAAAAUCAGGAACUUAAAACUCAUGGAUCAUUUAAGUCACACAGAGAACAAAAACUUGAGAAACAGAGGGAGGCAAGGAGAAGGAGGAGGGCAAAAAGAAAAGGUUUCUUACAGGGUUUAACUUGCUUCCACUGCCGUCAGACUGGACAUACCACAGCUACUUGUCCACAAACUAAUAACCAAGGAGUUGGUGUUGGUGUGUGCUACAAGUGCGGGUCCUCCAGUCACACUACAAAGAAUUGCAAGGUUGACACUUCUCAAGGUCUGUCAAGAGAUAUUCUACAAUACUUGUACAUGUGCAUAUUUUAAAAUGUAUAAUAGAAUGGAAAAGCUAUUCAUUAUACUCAAAUCAAAUAUGUGCUCAAAAUAAUUGAAUUGAAAAAAGAAUGUGUAAGCCCUUGGUCUGCUGCACCUGAUAAAGAGUUCGCUCUUGAAACAAGCAUUAGUAACGACUCCAGCGUAGUGUAUUACUGUACUUCCUUUAACUUUAAAUAGCUCAAAUAUUUGAGUACUUUAUAUUAUAUUCAGGUCAAUCCU